UCACUAAACAUCAGACAGUAACGUCUGUCAGGAAGGAAAAGUAAAAGCAGCCUGUCAACUGUGGCAGCGAGAGAGAGAUCACAAGCAUUGUUACUGAUUCUGGCAACCAUCCUGAUGAAGGUUUUAAUUUCCAACCAUGGAAUCUGUAAAGGAGCUGCCCGUGGCCACCCACGUGGGCCGUCAAGUUACAGACACUAGACCCUGCAGCAGCCUCCGAGUCAAGGCUUCAUGUGGACAUAUCGCAGAACCCCUGAGUCUAAAAGCCUGGGCUAAGUCUCGGAUAGACACGGGAAUCCAUUCUUUUCCAUGUCAGACCUGUAAGAAGGAGUGGGUCUGGCAGGAGGUGUGCAAAUUAGCACUCUUCACAGAAGAGGAGAGGGAUUGUUAUGAGAAAAAAUUGGUGGAACUAACCAAAGAUGACACUGCUUCCUACAAAAAGUGUCCUGACUGCAAUUACCUUGUGCAGAGAGUGGAUCCAGACAACCUGUGUGUGGAGUGCCUGUCAUGUUCUAAUGUGAAAGGGAAACUCUACCAAUUCUGCUGGGAUUGUAUGAGAGAGUGGAAUAACCCAGCAUCACAGAACACUGACUGCGGCAACAAAUCCUGCAGCAUCACCGCAAUGCUGCUGUCCUGUCCACUCAUCGAGGCCCCCAACAUUGAGGUCUACCACCUAAUUCACAACAGAGUCUCUACACUUUCAACAGCUUCACAAUCCUCUGCCAUCUCUAUAGUUUUGUAAAGCACCAUAGAAGAGAUGAGAAAAAAAUGUCUUCCCUCAAAAGGGUUGUUAUGAAUCUUUAUAAUUCUUUCCCAAAGUGGAUGCUUAUUUUUUGAAUAUAUUUAAGACUUGUUUGUUGGUCUCUCACAGUAUCAAGUGAAAGCCCAAAUAGUUGAAGCCCAAGAUUAACUACUGAUUGCAGUGAAAGCCAGAGUAUGCUUGACGGGCUAAAUGGUCUGCUCCUACUCCUAUUUCUUGUAUUCUUAUUUAUAACAAUAAAGGCGAAGAGAAAUGCACAUUUUGAGCAAUGUCAUUCCGCCAUACUAUUUCA